CUGCAUUGAAAAGGCACAGGUGUUAGAUUGAGACCUAACAGCAACGAGUCCUGUCCUCCCAUAUAUCUCGUCGUGCACCAGGACUAGCUUGUACUGCACCGGUUAGGUUUACGCCUUCGAUCAAAGACUUGUAUUCAUUUGAGAUGGCGUCUUUCUUGAGCACCGGGCUGGGGUCCCGACUUGCCCUCGCAACACAGCCGCCUCACAGGGGCCUUGGGCACUCACAACCUGCCGGCACGGUCGGCCCAUCUUGGACCACCAUCACAAGAAGGCAGAGGCUGUACGAUGCACAGAGGGAGGUCAGUGGGUAUGAGGCAUCCUCAUCCCAGAGCACCGCAACAACCAUUCACGGAUGGAGUCUUGUCGACAAUGGAUAUGCGGGCAUGUCCGAGGGACUCUGGGGCGCGACCGUCACCGGAGGCAGGGACGACAUCGAGGCAAUGCCAUCCAGCUCCGAGCGCGUGCUGCGCAAGCAAGUGUCCGCCCUGCAGGUCCAGCUCAGCGUGGCCGAGGGGGAGCUGGACGAUGUGCGCAAGACGGCGCGGCGGACGGCAGCGGAGAACGAGGCGCUGCGCGCGCGCAUCGGGCACUUUGAGGCGGCCAGCCGCGAUAAGCAGCUGGCGCUGCAGCGGGCGCAGUCGGACCUGGCCUUCUGCGGCAAUACCGAGAAGCAGCAGCUCUGGUCCUCGCUCAGCGAGUCCAAGCGCCGCAUCAUCUCCCUGCAGGACAAGCUGACGGCGACAGAGACCCGAGCGGCUGCGGUGCAGAAGCAGCUGAUGCAGCAGCGAGCGCAGUUCCAGACGUUUCAAAUGCAGCACGAGGUCGCAGCCUUCCUGCUUGUCUACGCCCUCUUCAGGCUGCACAGCCACUGAGCGCGCUCGGAUCCUGCUCUUGCGCUGUGAGAAGCUCAAGAAAGGAAGCUGCCUACUGUAAAACCAUUUCAGCAAACCAUCUCCGAGGAGUGCUUGGUGGGUGAAGGAUGAGAGCAGAGUAGCCUGUGGGAGUAGGACGGGGUGUAUACUUCAAUGGAAAUUUAGGAACACCUGAACUUUUUAGAGAGCUUUAAGGCCUGCAUUCAUUAUGGCACUUAUAACAGGACACUUCUAUGUGUUGACUAUCCGACAUUUCUUAGCUGCUUCUGUGUCUAUGAUGUGCGAAAAUCAUAGGAAUCUCCCCUAGGUCUGCUUUUUUGUUGCGGCAUCGAGUCAUCACUAUGUUCUGGCUGUCUUUGGGCAUAAAAUUGUAUAAUAUUUAGGAAUGCCUGUCGGCACGUUAUAUAUUUUUUCCCUUGGAACAUUUCAUAGGAGAGCUGUGUGCAGUUCAGCGACGGUGGAUAUAGAUCAGAAGGACUAAAGAGCAGCCUGUGGGGACAAAUCAUUCAUAUGAUAUGAGUUAUGCAUGCCCAAUUCUGAGACUGCAGAACUGCAGAGCACUGCUGCAAUGCUAUAAAUAAUACUUCGAACUUGCUGGAAAGCGUGCAUGUGACCCAACAUGUAAUUAGUCAUGAAGGC